ACACAAACAUCACCUACCUUGCCUAAACCAGGGAUUGAUUCAUCAUCAACACAAAUCAGACCAGGAGGUAGACCCGCCUAUGGGGGCAGUGAAUUUGACCCCUACCAAGUAUUCGGGCACACAAGCAGGACACUUGCUAACCCGGUAAUACCAAGCGAUUGGCAAAAUCUUCAAUCCGUGAUUUUAGCUCUCAGACAUAACAAAGGAAGUGGCCAGAUCCAGCUGUGGCAGUUCCUUCUGGAGCUUCUAUCCGACAGUUCCAACGCUAACUGCAUCACAUGGGAGGGUACCAACGGUGAGUUCAAGAUGACCGACCCCGAUGAAGUAGCCAGAAGAUGGGGAGAAAGGAAAAGCAAACCAAACAUGAACUACGACAAGCUAAGUCGAGCCCUGCGCUACUACUAUGACAAGAACAUCAUGACCAAGGUACAUGGAAAGCGAUACGCGUAUAAGUUCGACUUCGCUGGACUAGCUCAAGCCAUGCAGCCAGUUCAGGCCGAUCCUAGCAUGUACCGAUAUCAGUCCGACCUCACCUACCUACCUGGAUACCACCCGACCAAACUAAACUUUGUGGGUACACCAAUCAACCCGUCCACCAAUGCCAGCCUCUUCAGCUCUCACAGUUCAUACUGGUCAUCUCCCACAGGUGCAAAUAUCUACCCCAGUGGUCACGUGACACAUCCUCACGCAAGUCACAUGUCCUCACACAUAGGCACUUACUACGGAUAACACCAAGUGUCCUUUGCCCGUUGUAAAACCCGGACUCCUAUUACAAAGACUCGUAAACGAAGUGCCAUCACUUUUUUUCUAUUGUAUGAAGAAAUAAUGUUGCACAGUCAGAUUGAUAAAAGAAAUAUAUACCUUUACAAACUGAUUCGUUGGAGGACGCAGCAGAUGUGUAAAGCAAGCUGACCUAAAACAAAGUGCGUGUCACUUGUCAUGCUUGGGACGCGUAGAACAUUCGAACGAGGAACAUAACCGCAACGGACUAUCGUAGAGGGCGUUUCUCAUCAUAGACAGCGCACCUGACUGUAUAUUGACUGCGAAAAUGCCAUAGUAUUUAGCCUUGAAUGCAGUCCAUAAACGUUUUAUAUAAAUAUUAUAAAAAUAAUACAUUUUCGACGUGGAUCGUCAUCGAGGAGUAUUUUUUUUUUCAUACUGCAAAGUAUUGACCUUGUUGUAAUAGGUCACAUAGAGAGGGCGUUCUUCUCUUUAAAUAAUACUUAUACACCAAUGAAUUGAAAUGUUGCAUAUAUUAUUAAUACUAUUGUUUUUUGUAAAAUGUUCAUUUUUAAUAUGACUAGUUUUAGCGUACCCAUGAAAUUAGUUUUUAGCUGCAUGAAACCUAUACAUAAAGCUAUAUAUUAAUGUUUUAAAAUGUCUUUCGUUUCAUUCCGCUUUCUUGAAAAUCAAGAAACGCAAUGGAUAUCCAAACAUUUCUGAAUUGUCUAUAUAUUUUCAAAUAUGAUUACCAUAUAUUACAUUGUUAAAGUGAUACAUCCGGAAAUAUUUUGAUUAAAAAUGAUUCUGCAAAUCUUUAAAAAGGUUUUCAUUUUCAGGGAGUAUUGUUCAUACGAAAGAUAUAAUGCUGGAAUUUCCUUGUUUUUAAUGAACGACUUCUUUCAGUAAGUAGAAAAAAUAUCCCCAAAAGAUAUACAAAUGGCAAGGAUUUUGUGAAAAUGCAGCUAGACACGAAAUGUGAAAAUAAAUGUGGUUAUGCUUUCGUUUAUAAGACCAGAGAGGUGGUGCAAUUUCAGUACUCUGUCACUCUAGUUUCCUCCAUAUAUUGUUAGUAUUUCUUUAGUACGGGUAUAAAAAACAAAAGGCAUUUGUUUUGAAUUUUGUGAUUUUUAUUAGCUGUUUGUAGACAUAAUUGGAGGAAUAAUUGCACCCAAAUAUAAAUUAUUUGCCUAAAAUUGAAAAAAAUGAAUGAAACUAUUCUCUGGAAGAUGAUAUAAAAUUGUCCCUCGUAGAUUAAAACAGGUUGUUGAAAUUUAGUUUCAACCUAAACCUAUGUCUGAAUUACGGAUUUCUGGCUCCGAGGCAAUUGCCUUUUAUUUGAUUUUUUAUAAUGAUGAUAACAGUUAGCGCAUAUUACACUUUGUUUCUAAGCGCCUUACAUUGAAAUCAUUAUUACCCCGGUCAUCGGAUCCUGUCAUGCCCGCAUACAACGUAUGCACUUUUCCACUCUCUGGGAGCAUUCUAAAAAUCUGAUACUCUAUCAAAAUACAGGUGUUUCUUUUUCAACCGAAUUAUCUAUAUACAUAUAUCUAUAAAUCGUUAGUUUUAUCAUAUAUUUGAUGCUCAAAUCAAUCACCAUAAUCUUGUUAUAUUUCACCUGUAUUUAUUCAUCACGUGACCUAGCCUGACUGCAAACGAAACAAUGACGCUGGAUGCAUUACCUAGGUAUGAUGGGGAAGAUCCUUCAGAAAGAGAUUGCUGGCUUCCUAUUUACUUUGUACAACGCGUUGUUGUCAUAACAAUGCGAUGAACAGUGGUUCGAUCCUCCUGCUGUGUAACGUCUCUGUAUGGAAGCCGUGUGCCUCAGCGUCUUUUUCUACUCUUUAUUACGGGUCAGUCGUAGGCUAAAUAAAUGGUCACAAAAUUAGUUUUGAAAGACACCAAAAUAUCAAGAAACUGUUUGAUUUCGACACAACUCUCUUUGAAUAUCAAACGAUGAUUUGAAACAAUGAGCUUUGUGUCCAUUGUUCAUACCGAUCUCAGUAUGGCUUUUAUAGUAUAUUCUUCAUAAAUCUCAUGUCAUUAAUUGGAUAGAUUUACACAGAAAGUAAGAAAAAUUUGUUCUUGGGUUUUCCAAAGUGGUUUCUCCCAUGAAGUGACAAGGCAUUCAUAACCAUAGUGUAUCUAUCAAACAUGAAAAGUUAUAAAACGAUAAAAUGUAGGACAAUAAUAAAGGGAAUGAUAUAACUGCCUGUAAUAAUGAUAUGUGGUAUAUAUUGAAACAUGGAUACAAAACUGUUGAGUAUAUUUCUUCUUUUUGUUCUUUUUCUUUCUGCAAUUUUUCUAUGAAGUGCAAUAAUAAAAUUGCAAACAUUAAUAUAUAUACUUUCGUUGAAAAACUAUUAGUGUAAUGUUGCCAAACAUUCCAGUUUAUUUCCAAUAAUCUGUGGAAAGCGCUUAAGUUAUGAUUUUUGUUCCAAACAUUUUUGUUUUGUAUAUUGUUAUUCUUGCCACCUAGAUACUCUUUAUAAAACAGUCUAGUGACAUUCGAAAAUACAUUACUAGUUCUCGUCAAAAGUUUAAAUUUUAAUGUGAAUUUGAAAUAUCAGAACGUAUUUGAAUCGGCUACCAGAUAAAUUUUAAAAUAUACUUUCCUAAACUGUUUGUUAAUAUGCAUUGAAUGUAAUAUUAAAACGAAAAUGAUGAUAUAAGUAAUGCUGAUGGUGAUUAUGAUGAUGACUACAAUAAGAAUAAUGAUGGUCAAUACUUUGUGAGUAUACAUUUUGUAUUUCUUACAUCAAUGAAUAUUGUGACAAGCAAAUUUCAACUCUGACGAGACUAGGAGCUAUGAUUUUUAAAAAGUUUUUUAUUGGUUCUCAUCGUAGCCGAGUCAUUGUAUUACCACAUUUUUCUUUAACAUCCACAUUACAUCUGACUCAUAUUUUGUACAAAGUCUUGAGUAUAAUUUUGUAACAAUGUUCAUGACAAUAUCCCCUCUAUAUCAGUGAUGUUUUGCUCUUGAUUUCGUAUUAUGCUAAUGCAUAUCAACGAAGAGAAAUAUUUUCUCACUUGAUACAAUUGCCAACAUAACACCUAACGUGUGUCGUUAUUUUUGCCACUUUGUUCUGUAUCAUUUCGACAAUAACUAUAUGUUUUACUGAAUGUAUUAUAUUAUGAGAUAUUUUGAUGUUAGUACAAUGUACUUAAUGUAGAAUAUGAUGCGCAAUACAAAGUUAUAAGAAAUAGAUGAUGUUUUACUGAAUUAUGUUUGUUUAUGUAUACGUUUUUACUGAGUCCUUGACAUAAAUAAGAACGAUAUUUGUAACAUGCGCAUGUAUAAAAAGCAAUGAAAAUAAAGGAUCAGUUUUUGAUUUAUAAUAAA